UCAUACUAAUGGUAGUAUGGGCAUUGCAAGACACCCAGUAUCUCUCUCAAAGCGCUCCUCUUCCAGGAAUGAAGCAGAACUUGAUAACCCAUCCCUCCUGUUCUUGCUCUCAAACACAGCCAGCUCCACUCUGUGCACAUAUUUCCUUGUUCCCUCCCCUUCAGAGCUACAGGUUGCAGAUGGGUGUAACCAACAUGCUGGGGGAAGUACAACAGCGUAUCACAUGCUGUUGUUACAUCAGAGCUCAGACUAGACUCAGACAGUCAGACAGUCGUCACUGAGCGAGAGGUGAAAUGGAGCAGAAAGGAGUUCAGCUGGACCGGGAAACCUUCUCUUGUUCCAUUUGUCUGGAUCUACUGAAGGAUCCGGUGACUAUUAACUGUGGACACAGCUACUGCAUGAACUGUAUUAAAGGCUUCUGGGAUGAAGGGGAUGAGAAGGAAAUGUACAGCUGCCCUCAGUGCAGGCAGAGCUUCACACCGAGGCCUGUACUGGUGAAAAGCACCAUGUUAGCAGCUUUAGUGGAGGAGCUGAAGAAGACUGGACUCCAAGCUGCUCCUGCUGAUCACUGCUAUGCUGGAGCUGAAGAUGUGGCCUGUGAUUUCUGCACCGGGAGAAAACUCAAAGCCAUCAAGUCCUGUCUGCAAUGUCUGAUCUCUUAUUGUGAGAAACACCUUCAGCCUCAUGUUGAAUCCCCUGCUUUCGAGAAACACAAGCUGGUGGAGCCGUCCAAGAAGCUCCAGGAGAACGUCUGCUCUCGUCAUGAUGAGGUAAUGAAGCUUUUCUGCCGUACUGAUCAGCAGCUUAUCUGUUCUCUCUGCUCUGUGGAUGAACAUAAAGGCCACGACACAGUCUCAGCUGCAGCAGAGAGAGCUGAGAGGCAGAGAGAGCUCGAGGGGAGUCGACAGACCAUCCAGCAGAGAAUCCAGGACAGAGAGAAAGAUGUGAAGCUGCUUCAACAGCAGGCGGAGGCCAUCGAUCGCUCUGCCGAUAAAGCAGUGGAGGACAGCGAGAAGAUCUUCACCGAGCUGAUCCGUCUCUUGGAGAAAAGAAGCUCUGAUGUGAAGCAGCAGGUCAGAUCUCAGCAGAAAAGAGAAGCGAGUCGAGUCAAAGAGCUUCAGGAGGAGCUGGAGCAGGAGAUCACUGAGCUGAAGAGGAAAGACGUUGAGCUGAAGAAGCUCUCACACACAGAGGAUCACAACCAGUUUCUACACAACUACCCUUCACUGUCACCACUCAGCCAAUCCAGCAUCCAUAUCCGUCCUCUGAGCUGCUUUGAGGACGUGACGGCGGCCGUGACAGAAGUCAGAGAUAAACUACAGGACGUCCUGAGAGAGGAGUGGACAACCGUCUCACUGACAGGGACUGAAGUGGACGUUUUACUGCCACAACCAGAGCCCAAGACCAGAGCUGGAUUCUUAAAAUAUUCACGUGAAAUCACACUGGAUCCAAACACAGCACACACAUGGCUGUUAUUAUCUGAGGGGAACAGGAAAGCAACAUUCAUGAGACAACAACAGUCUUAUUCUAGUCACCCAGACAGAUUCACUGACUGGUUUCAGGUCCUGAGUAGAGAGAGUCUGACUGGACGUUGUUACUGGGAGGUGGAGAGGAGAGGAUUAGUUUCUGUAGCAGUCACAUACAAGAAUAUCAGCAGAGCAGGGAGGUCGGUUGAAUGUGGAUUUGGACGAAAUGACAAAUCUUGGGCAUUAGAUUGUGACAACAACAAAUAUACAUUUUGGUCCAACAAAGUCCAAACUCCCGUCUCAGGUCCUGAGUCCUCCAGAGUAGGAGUGUACCUGGAUCACAGUGCAGGUAUUCUGUCCUUCUACAGCGUCUCUGAAACCAUGACUCUCCUCCACAGAGUCCAGACCACAUUCACUCAGCCGCUCUAUGCUGGACUUUAUGUUUAUGGUUAUGGAAACUCUGCUGAGUUGCGUAAACUGAAAUAGACAGAAGUCAUUUAAGAGUCAAAUUCUGUUUUAACUCUUCUACUUAUUUAGUCUCCAUUUUUGUUGCUGAGAACUGAUUGUUGCGACAUUCUAUUUCACGACAUUCAUUUGCUUUUCUAAACAUUUUUGUAAAUUAGUUUGACAUCUUUAUUUGCUUGUAUUGGCAUUUCAGAAGUGAUGAGAUGAUUUAGUUUGUUGAUGAAAACCAUUCGGGGAGCCCCAGAAGCUCUCAAUGUGCUCAGUUGAGAUCUGUUAUUUUAUCUUUGAUUGUUGAAACAAGGACGAUAUGUUAAAAAAAGAUCUUUACCGAGAUGAUCUGUAGAUAUAGCUGUUGUUUGUUAUUCAUGUAUUUCUUCACGUUAUGUAUCUGCGGGACAGGAAGAUGUCUGUUAAAUAGCAGUGUCUUAAUAGUGUAUAUAAGGGUGUUUAAGUUGUAUGUUAAAAUAGUCAAGUUGAAGAAAAUCUUUCAAGGUGGCAGAAACGCUUCAGGACAUCGUAUUUCUGUAUAUAUCUGAUAUGUU